AGAUUCGCGACUCUUUUUUUUCUCUUAUCCUCAUGUAACUGCACUUUUCCUGCCAACCUUACGGGUUCUGGAAUCCAAGUUCAGCUUUUCCGAAUCUUUCUAGUUUCGAGUCCGAAUUUGUAUUUUCGAAAAAUUGUUACAUUGGACCACGGCUUGUGACCGCCGAUGGAGUGAAACAUGUCUGCUCUAGUCACUGCUCGAGUGCUCGUUGCCGACCUAAAAGUCAUUCAGCAUUGGUCUAACCAUUCCUGCUUCUCGCUGCCCGGCAAGUUAGUGAAGUUUAACAUCAUUCGGGGUUGCGGGAUUCCUCGAGGGACUAAUGAACCUGGAUGCCCAUUACCUCCGAUGGCUACCAGGCUGCAGACUGCCGGCGUCUGCAAAGGAACGGAUGGCCUGAAAAAGUUCCGGUGCUCGACGGAAACUGACGUAGAACAAGGGCAUCCGGGAACACCCAUCGAAGUGUGA